GCAGCCCGUUCCAGUAGGAGACCAACAGUUGGGCAAGACGGCCGCACUUUUCACGGAGUGUUCCCAACUUCUUACCGCGACUCUUAAAGACGGGAAAUAUCACGUGGGGAGGACAGGUGCGACUCUGAGACAAUCCGCACAGGUACGUGAUUACCUCACACAGACCGUCGCAAGUUCAACAGCAGAGAGAUGAUGGGUGAGCCUACAGUGGGGUUGAAGGCUGGGAGAGGAUACCACCAGCGGUUCGGCGCGCGGUCACAGAAAACCCCGGCCGUGCAGGAGUCUGGUAAGGGGAAAGUGGCCGUGGGAGCCAGCGGGAACAAGUUCGCGGCCAUGCGGGCCAUGUUCGAGCGGGGCGCCGCCGAGGACGGGGAGAACAAGCCGGCGCCGCCGCCAAGACGGAGGGCGAAAGAUUCGAGUAUGAAGCGACCCGACAGCUGGAUACUCCAAGAUAAGACGGAGGGGAAGACGGCUGAGAAGACGGAGGAGAAAACGGCUGGAAGAUCUUAUCGCAACGAAGAUGAUAAGAACGCUGCGGUGGAGAAGAGUAAGCUGUCGUCCCGCAGAACUGUCAAUCAAAAAACGCCGUUUUCCCGCGAAAAGACAGCCGAGAAGACGGCGGGAAGAUCGUCUCGAAACGAAGAUGAUAAGAACGCGGCGGUGGAGAAGAGUAAGCUGUCGUCCCGCAGAACUGUCAAUCAAAAAACGCCGUUUUCCCGCGAAAAGACAGCCGAGAAGACGGCGGGAAGAUCGUCUCGAAACGAAGAUGAUAAGAACGCGGCGGUGGAGACGCACAAGCUGUCGUCCCACAGAACUGUCAAUCAAAACACGCCGUUUUCCCGCGAGAAGACGACGGAAGACAGACUCGGUUCGAAUAUCAGGGAGAAAACAGACAGAGCGCCCGAGCCACCAAAACGAGAAUCCCCCAAGACAGCACCCAGAGAUAACGUCUUGAGAAAGGCGACGCCGUCUUCAGCACCGACGGAAGAUGUAGAAACGUCGAAGACGUCAAAACCCCUCAGAAGACUCGUGAACGGAGUCUCCGAGGAGCGGAAACAUUCGGAGACGCGUUCUAUCUCGACGCCCAAAGUUGCCACAGAAAAGUUUACAGACGAGACUGUGUUGAGUGUGAUUGAGGACAGAAACAAGAUGGCGGACACGGAACCUGAGAACUCCUCAGAGAUGGGAGGCGGGGGGAGCCUGACGGCAGAGGUUGUGUUUGUAGACGAGGUUGUCUCAGAGGAAGAGAGCGAAACUGUCCCGCGGACAGGUACGUCAAGCAGAGGUCAGCUCGCUGAUGACGUCCCUGCCGUACAGGUGAGCCGAGAAAUCAGAACGUCGACGUCACGGCGGCGGCGAGUGGGACGUCAUGACGCACCGGACGUCAACUCUUACGAGCUGCACAUCAGCGAGAACGGAACGUCAGAUGAAGAUCCGAGUAGGACUAACGUUGGCGUAGAAAACGUCGCUGAGAGGGUGACGCCUACGCCAGCGCCACGUCGGAACAGAGUUAACCCCCACAGGGACGUUGACGCUGCGACGCCGGUAAGUAAGGAUGAUACUACUAACGGCGUAGACGUCCGGGAAUCGGUGCAAACAAAAUCGUCCACGCAAAGUCGACGCAUAGCUGACGGAGACGAAAAGAACAUUGGACUAAAUGGAACGUCGACGUCAACGCAGCGUCAGAACAACGUUACCCCCCGCAAAACCGUCGAAGCAGAGACGAGCGGCGAGAACAGGACAGCACCAAGGACCGAUGAUACCAACGGCGUUGACGUCAACUCAGAAAAACUGGUCCAAAAGGAAACAGCCGCGCAGCGUCGGCGCCAAGCAGAUGUUGCCCUGGAAAAUAUCGGCAAAAAUGACUCUUUGACGCGACCUCAAAGCAAGUUGGCCGCUGAAACAGACGAAGAAGAAAAAAGCGCUGAAAACGGAACAUCGACGCAACGCCGGGGUGAGAUAACCAACGUCGACGUAGAGAAAAGCAACGAGGACGGCACGUCGACGCGACGUCGAAGUAGGAUUGCCGCAGAUGUAGGUGACGCAGAUAAAUCCAGCGAGAAAGACGCUCCGACGCGACGUCGCAGCAGAAUAGCUGACGUCGACGUCGAGAAAAACGACGCUAACGGAGCGCCGACGCGACGCCGCAGCAGAGUAGCUGACGUCGACGAUAACGGCGAAAACGGAGCGCCGACGCGACGACGCAGCAGGAUAGCGGCGGAAAUAGACGACGUCGACGCCGAGCUGGCGCGGCCGCGGUACCGACGUCGGGACAGAGACGCCGCCGACGCCGACCUGGACGUGCCAACGCGCCGCCGGAGCAGGAACGGCGACGUCGCGACGUCAGUGACGGGCCGCGCCCGUGCGACGCUGCUUCCCGAGGACGGGACGCUGGAGCUGAACUCGGCGGCGUACGGCAAGGUGGCGACGCUGCAGUGGGGGUUCCGCGCGCCCGGGUACGCAGACAGGCUGGACAGGAGGCGCCCGCUCGAGAAGAUGAACGGGGAUGAGAUGGCGCUUAGAGGGGCGCUGCUUUCCGCAGAUGUGGACAAGGUCAAGGACAUGGUUUCAACAUGGCCGCACAAGGUGCUCGACUUCCGGAACGUCUACGGCCAAUCAGGGAUCAGCCCGCUGCAGAACGGUCACGUGGGCAAGGACCAAUCGGAGGAGGUCGAGGUGUUCCCCAAGCGGCCAAUCGAAUAUAGCAACCCGGUGGUGUCGUGGUCACGUGACGUGACGAAGGCAGUUGUUGAAGGUCUGACAACGAAGACCAACUCUGGGUUCCAAGCAGUUUGUAUGCAGAAUGUCUUGCCAGAUAAAGACAUGACGAACGAUUUCGCUACAGCCGCUCUGGGGGCUGAAAGCCAAGAUUCCAAGAUGGAAGGCACGCUUGACGUGUACAUGAACGUGUGGCUGAAGUGGGGGUACAGUAACAGCGAGAAGCUGACCAAGGCUCUGGCGGGCGGGCGGGGCGGGGCGGCCCGUAUGCGGCUGCACGCCAGCUCGGCGGUGGUGCAUCGGGCUCACCGCUGUUACAAGUUCGUGGGAGAACUCAUUAACACUCUGGACCCGGAGGUCACAACAGGCUUCGAAGUGUACGAGAACGAGGCUGACCUUGAGGAAAAGUUCAAGGACAUCGUCAAGCUGAAGAACUUGACCUCCCUGACCUUGGCUGGAUGUCUUCCCGAGGGAACGUCCCCGGAAUAUUUACAGACGCUGGUGUCAUCCAUGCCGAACCUGCGGCGGCUGGACGUGCGGAGGAACCCGCUGACCGGCUGGUUCGCCGAGCUGCUGGGCACCGCCUCCCCGCUGCAGUACCUCAACAUCGCGCAGUGCGGCGUCAGCCAGAUCGACCUGUACUUCCUGGCCAACUCCCAUCACAUCGGGCAGCUGGAGGAGCUGGACCUCUCCGGAACGGACCUCACCGGACUCCUGGAUGACGUCACACAGCUCCUCCUGCAGGCAUCCGGGAACCUGAAGUGGCUGGGCACGGCGGAGUGCAACCUCGGCGCGCAUGCGCAGACGGUCCUGGAGCUGCUGGAAAAGUUGCCAUAUUUGGAAGAAUGGGACCUGAACGAUAACGAGUUCACCGAGGAGGACGUGUGCAAAAUUGUGGAGGCGUGUGCAAAGGUGCCGGGUUUCCACUUCUUGAAGAUCACUCCGCCGGCGACGGUAAAUAGUGCGGACCCUAAAGAGGGGUCAAAGGAGGUCAGGCGGUUUGACGGACUGGUGAAGGCCGCGCUGAGGAGAGCAUGCGCAGACGAGGACCGUAAGAUGAGAUGUUUGGUGACGUAUAAACUACCGGAGUACAAGGACGAACCGCCGACCUUGAUAUGAAGACUUGGUGUAAAGUGUUCGAUAUUUUGAUACCAUUUAUAGCGAUGUAUAAAGCACGUCAAAGCAAAGUCUAUCUGCCUGGAUGAACUGGAUGUCAAAUUCACCUUAAAUGAUAGCUAAUAAAUCAUUAAGACGGGUAUAGCAUACAUAUUUACAGAAGUUUGAGAUGUUAAACGUCCUUGUUAUGUUACGGUACUGAAAGAAACUUAUACUAAAUUUAUAUUCGCCUGCGUAGCAGCCGACCGAUGAUGAUGAUGAUGAUGUUAUGUGCCCCAAAUCGUGCCAGUCAUUUUUGGCCGCAUCUUUGAAGUAUAAAACAACCAACGACAAGUUUCAUUUUCAGAUACAUAUAGAUACGGAUAGCUUUUUCAUAUUUGACAUUUUUGCGUAUCAAAUCGAGACAGAUACAUUUGUAUUAUGCAAUAUAUGCGUAACUUGUUUGUACUAUAUCAUACUUUGUAUGUAUCUUUGUUUCCUUUGAACUAUAAGUUAGUAUUUGAUAAGUUUUGACGACAGAUAUGAUCCACAUUUCGAUCAUUAGCUCGUUACUGUUUGUACAUUGUAAUAAUUACUAUUUAGUAAUUUUCCGAUUGCCUUAUACAUGUAAAGUUUGUGGACUUCCUUUGAGUUUGACCCCACGUACUCCAUUCGUUGACUCGGAUAA